AUGAAUUAUCAUGACAGUGGUGUCCACGGCUUCAACGACGACGACGCUGAAUACAGAGACCAUGCUCCAACCUCACCAAGAAAUCAGUCAUCUUUUGCAAACCAACCUCGUCCUUUAUCAGAGUACUCGGGUGCUACUGCUACUGGCACAUUCUCAAAAUCAAACACUUCCUCCUCCUCAUCGCUACACCGCUCUCGAUCUCUCGAAUCCACGACCCAAGUGUUGCCGUCUAACGCAAUCCCCGUGCCAGUCAAGGAUGCAGUAGGAGACGGCGCUAAAGAACCGUGCUGUAAUAUAGAUCGAGCAUUACGUGCUAUGCCAUUCUCGGCCUUUUGUCCAAAUAUAACUACAGGUGCUACUACAAACACUAAUGGGGAUGGAAGGUCAUCGUUAAGUGGUUCACGACCAUCAACAUCACAACAAAACUGGUCGGCAGCUUCAUUGAACGCUGCUGCCAAACGACCACCUAUAAUCAGAGCAUCUGGUAUACCACCCACAGCACCUCCCGUAAUCCAAAUAGCAGACGCGAAAAAGGUAUCCGAAUUCGGAUCCUCAUACAUAUCCUAUGUAAUCCAAACAGACUUGACUGAACCAUACGUAUUCAACCUCGAAACCCAACACCGAUAUUCAGAUUUCGAAGGACUUCGUAAACUGUUGCAAAAGGUGUAUCCUACCAUCGUCGUGCCACCUAUACCUGAAAAGCACUCUGUUGCUGCAUACGCUACUAAACCUGGCAAAGCUAAGGAAGAUCCCAGUAUAAUAGAAAAGAGGAAGCGGCUGUUGCAGUCCUUCUUGAAUCGGGUAGCUGCUCAUCCUAUAUUGGGAAAGGAACACGUCUUUCAUCAAUUCUUGCAGCCGAAUGUCACGUGGAUUGAUAAUUUGGCGUCGUCGGGUAUGGCUCAUCAUUUGAGAAAGAAGGAUUCGACUGGUUCGCUUAUUGGAGAACGGGCUUCACUGCGUCAACCAGAUGCUGGUUAUGCUGCAUCAGAAGACUUUACUUCGAGGUUUGCAGCACAUAUCUCACACACACUUAAAGUGCAUAAACGGAUUGUAAAGCACUAUCAAGAAAUGUCAUCCACAUAUAGUGAAUUAGGAUCAGUAUACAAUGGAUGGUCGCUAUCCGAAACCCAACUAUCAGAAGCCAUUGAAAAAGUUGGACAAGCUGUAGACUCUACCGUAUCAGCCACCACGGCACUAGCAGGAACACUCGAAGAGCGCUUCUCAGAGCCACUGGGAGAGUAUUCCCAAUUCAGCAAAACCAUAGAAAAGGUCUUGUUGAAUCGUCAUCGACGGCAUGCGGCAUUUGAGCACUUGACGGAUUCUCUACAAUCCAAGCAUCAGAAUUUAGUUACUCUUGAACGGUCUGAACAGGAAGCUCAACGUUUAACAGCCGCUAUUGGUGCAGAAGGUGGAUCAUCAGCUGCUAGUAUAUCAAACACAUCUCAACAUACCAACAGUAGCAACAACAAUAAUAGUAAUAAUAACAAUAACACUUCGUCAUCAUCAGGUACAACCCGCACAUCCUCAUCAGGACCACGAGCACCAGGUCUCAUGGCAGCAAUCAACUCGAUAAUCGACAAUGACCCGGAACUAACACGACGCAACAAUAUAUCAAAGACCAAAGACAAGAUCAUUUCCCUUGAAGACCAGUUACAAUCCGCUUUGACUGACUUAAAGGAUGCUAAUGUGAUGGUGCAAAAGGAUUUGGACUUGUUUCAGGAACGCAAGAUUGCUGAUUUGAGGAAUAUGAUGUUGGCGUAUGCGCUUUCCCAACGAGAGUAUCAUCGUAGAGGGGUCAGUGCGUGGGAGGAGGCCAAGAGUGAGGUUGAGAAGGUGUCUGCGUCGUGA